GAAGCGCUCGCAAUUAGUUUGUUUUUGUGAUAGAGGGUUUGUCGGGGGAUUUAUCGCUCAGUAUUAUGUCGGUGGUCGAAGCGAUCAUGUCGAGGCCGAAGGUUCUCGUUACCAGUUGCGAUACCCCGAAAACGGGAAUCAAGCUGCUCGGCGUCACAUGUGAUGUUACUAUUUUGCCAUACGUCUCACCCACCCAAGAGCAAGUAUUCGCGGCUCUCCCCGGGCACGAUGCUGUAUUCCUCUCUGGACACGUCAACGUCAAUUCUGAGUUCCUCGAUAUCGCUGGUCCCAAUCUCAAGGUUAUUUCGACAAUGUCAGCUGGCUACGAUCACCUGGAUGUCCCCGAAAUCAAGAAGCGGGGAAUCCAGGUUGGACAUACGCCCCAGGUUCUCAGUGCUGCGGUCGCCGAGAUCGCGGUCAUGCUCAUGCUGAAUGCGGCCAGACGGGCGCACGAGGGUCGCACUCUUCUUGAAGAAGGAAUGACCGAAAGUGGUCCCCAGUGGCUCCUGGGUCGCGACCUGCGUGGUUCGACAGUGGGAAUAGUCGGUCUAGGAGGCAUCGGCCAAGAGGCCGUGAAGCGUCUGGCGGGUUUUGCAGUUCGAAAAUUCCUGUACACCGGCCACAGCCCGAAGAAGGCUGGCGACGAGCUGGGGGCUGAGUUCGUCUCCCUCGACGACAUCCUCGAGCUGAGUGACUUCAUCGUCGUGGCGGUGCCCCUGACAAACGAGACGAGGGGAUUGUUCGACGACGUGGCAUUAAAAAAAAUGAAGAAAACCGCGGUUCUCGUGAAUGUCGGGCGCGGGGCGGUUGUCAAAACGAGUUCUCUGCUGAAAGCACUCAAGGAGAGGACUAUAUUCGCUGCGGGGAUGGACGUCAUUGACCCCGAGCCCCUGCCAAAAGACCACGAACUGCUGAAACUUCCGAAUUUUGAGAUUGUGCCACAUCUGGGUUCAGCCACUGUCAAAACGAGGGAGGAAAUGUCGGCUGUUGCCGCGCAGAAUAUACUGGACGCUCUGGGGGGUCAACCCUUGGCCUAUGCCCUCUAGAAUUAUCGACGAAUGACACUCUCUAGGAACGUGGGGGAAAAGACUUGACUUUUUUGUAAAAAAUUAAAAUUAACUUGAUUUUCGAUGAAAACAAAAACUGAUUUCAAUCGCCGAUUUCUCCGGAUUGAACUACACGAUUUUGACGAGUCGGCGCUCAUUUUGAAGACACUUUUUCGAGCUUCGAAAUGAAAAAAAAAUCACUGAGAUUCGCCCAGCCGAUCUCGAGUUAUUGACGAUUAAACUGGACCGGUUUUAUCUGGUGAACAGUUGGACGGUAUUUUUCGUGAUUGAGUAGGUUCAAUAUCUCCCGACUCAGCGAUGCGAUUUGAAUGAGUCAGGGCUCAUUUUGAAGCCUGAAAAAAAAUCUUCAAAAUGAAUGAAAAAUGUUUGAAUUUCACUCUGCCGAUCUCGAGUUAUUCGUUGCGGAAAAUCGAGGGUGUUGAUUUUCGUCAGUAUUCCAAAGGUGUGAAAGUAUUAUUGUAAAUUAUGAUAUACUUGCAUUUUUAAUAAUAUUCUUUCAAUAUACAGAUAAACAAUCUUA